UUAACGUGCAGAAUUCUGAGCAAAAACCCUGGGGCGCAAUUAAAAUGAACAGAAAAUUCACAGUAACCAAAAUUUGAUCGAUCGAUCGGAUAUUUGUCUCAUCCUUCAUCAAUGGCCGCCCCCUUCUUUUCUACGCCUUUCCAACCUUUUGUUUACCAGAGCCCACAAGAUGCUGUAACACCUUUUCAGAUACUGGGUGGGGAAGCUCAAAUAGUUCAGGUAAUGUUGAAGCCACAAGAAAAGGUCAUUGCGAAGCCUGGUUCCAUGUGUUACAUGUCUGGGUCAAUACAAAUGGAAAAUGUCUAUAUGCCUGAAAAUGAAGCAGGUGUAUGGCAUUGGGUUCUUGGAAAAAGUGUUUCUAGCAUAGUACUCCAGAAUACUGGUUCAACUGAUGGAUUCGUAGGAAUUGCUGCACCUACUCUUGCAAGAAUUCUCCCGAUUGAUUUAGCUCUGUUUGGUGGGGAAAUGUUGUGUCAGCCAGAUGCCUUCCUUUGCUCAAUAAAUGAUGUCAAAGUAAAUAACACAGUUGAUCAGAGGGCUCGCAAUGUUAUUACUAGUGCUGAGGGAUUUUUGAGGCAGAAAAUAUCUGGUCAAGGACUAGCAUUUAUAGUUGGUGGUGGCUCUGUUGUACAGAAAAAUCUCGAGGUGGGUGAAGUUCUAGCAGUUGAUGUCUCUAGCAUUGUUGCAGUGUCAGCAUCAGUAAAUCUACAAAUCAAAUAUAAUGGUCCUAUGAGAAGGGUGCUCUUUGGGGGUGACAAUUUGGUUACUGCUAUUAUAACUGGGCCUGGUAUUGUUUUCAUCCAGAGCAUGCCCUUUCAUCGGCUUUCUCAGCGCAUUGCUAGGGCUGUUACAUCUCCAAAUAUGAGGGACAAUCCCAAAUUUUUCUUCCAGAUAGCAAUCUUUUUCUUUCUAGCGUAUGUUGUUGUUGUGUCAUCACUAAUCUUGACAGACAUAUGAAGAACCCUAUUUUCAUAUUCA